AUGCCUUCGAUCACAAAGACCCUCGGCCUGAUCACGGCAUGCCUAGCGGCCUUGACCUCGGCCUUGCCUGCCAUCCCCAAGUUGACAGACAACCAACUCAAGAUCCACAGCUUCAUCAGGCGUCAAAAUGCCCUUGCUGCCGCCGCCGGUCUAACGGAUGUAGAUAUCCUGCAAUUCGCUCUUACGCUUGAGCACCUCGAAAAUACCUUCUACCGCGAAGGCUUCGCCAAAUUCCCUGCCGCCGACUUCACCGCCCUCGGGCUCUCCGAGUCUCAGAUCAAGGACCUACAGGGCAUCGGUAGCAUCGAAGAGGAGCACGUAAUCCUGCUCCAGGGCGCCAUUGCCGCUGCCGGCGCCAAGCCCGUACAGGAAUGUACCUAUAACUUCCAGGCCGUCACCUCUGCCGCCGCCAUGGUCGCCACAGCCGCCGUGCUCGAGAACGUUGGCGUGUCGGCAUACCUGGGCGCGGCGCAGCUCGUGACCGACCCGGGCAUCCUGACCACCGCGGCCUCGAUCCUAACGGUCGAGGCACGCCACCAGACGUUCAUCAGAGCGGCGAGCGGCGUGGUGGCGGUGCCGCAGGCCUUCGACACGCCCUUGUCUCCUAAACAGGUCUUCAGCCUUGCGGCGCCCUUCAUCACAAGCUGUCCCGAUGGAAGCAAUCUGAUCUUGAAGGCGUUUCCGACGCUGACGAUGGGCGGGGACGGGAAGACGGUGGCGGCUGCCGGGUCGCAAGUGAAGCUGCAGAGCAGCGAUGCGUCGGCGACGGGUAGCGCGAAGUUCUGCGCUUUCACCACGGGUGGCAUCCCCGGCGGUACGGCAUUCACGGCAUUCGAUGCUGCUACGGGCGCGUGCGUGGUGCCGCAGGGCUUGAAGGGCGUUGUUUAUGUGAACUUGGCGAGCGCGGGCCCGUUGACAGGCAAGCUGACGGAUGAUAUCAUCGUGGCUGGUCCGAUCGUAAUGCAGGUGUCGUGA